AUGCAGUUCUCUAUCGCCUCCGUUGCUUUCCUCACUCUGGCUGCUGCUCAAUCCUCUUCCAAGCCCAAGCGAACUGUCUACGAGACUAUCACCUCUUGCACUGGUGAGUGCUCUCUUAUUGCUGAGCCCACUUUCGGUCUUCUCGGUAAGAACCAUACCGGCUUUGGCAACGCUACCGCUACCGGUGUUGCCAACUCCACCGUCCCCGCGGUUUCUUCUACCCCCGUUGUGGUCAACUCUACGAAGUCCUUCGUCAACACUACCGUUGGCCCGUCUUCUUCUGUUGCCUCUACUACCAAGGCCGUCAGCAAUGUGACCAUCACCUCAGCCUCCGGCUCUGCUUCUGAGGCCUCUGCCACCGUUGCUUCUGCGUCUGAGGCCGUCCCCACCACUGCCGGCUCCGCUACUGCCGAGAAGGCCAACAUGGGUGCCCUUAACACCGUCGGUGCCGUUGUUGUCGGUGCCGCCGUCAUGGCCGCUCUCCUUUAA